AUGGCCCACUUGGUAUCUUUUUCAAAAGUGGCUCCUCCACCUUCUGUCACUUUACUACCGGUUUGGAAUCCUCUUUACGCUCCAAAUAAAAAGCGCAUCACGCGCUCUCUCCUUGACAACCGCAUAAGAGAGCAAUCCACCGGUGUUUAUUUUUAGAAGCUCCCGGCCGCUGCGUGCUGCUCUCCUUCAACGCACUCUCCCAUGUUGCUCCGGUCAAUAAUUCAUACGCUGUAGGCCUGCAGCGAAGAGUCACAGAGCAGGCUGCAACAGCUCCGAGCCACAGGACGCAAAGAAAGCGCGCGGGGUGCGUACCGCCGCACGAGCGAUGCCGCCCAAAACUGAUGAGCUUAAGUGCCGCUACCAUGCCCCACGUACGAGGAAGCUCCCUGACUCUCACAAAGCCCAGCCACGGGCCAUGACCACAGAGUACCAGGAGAGGUUCCUCCCCCCACGCUGCUACACAGCUAUCAUCUCGACCUCAAUGCAGAGAGACCCUUACCAUUCACUGAAGGGGAUGAGUGCCGAUAUGAGCACAUACACAAGAUCAUACUAUGUGGACAAAUGGAUGAAGACUCCACCAAAGGCGUCACAGCCACCUAAAGACAACCAGAAAUGCACCAGCGCUCCACACAAUCCUGUGCGCGCUAGAGCGAACCAGAUGGAAUCCAAGGAAGAGGACUACAUUUCAGUGUACAAACAUGACUUCAGAACAUGGAAAGUUAACAUGCGCCGGCCAUAUAAGCUGCAUGACGGCUUGAAGGUGAACCAAGGAUUAGUUGUCACAAACAGUGAGGGUUGCUUCCAGAAAAAAUCCGUCCAAGUUGAAGUUAACUCUAAACCAGUCCCACAGGAGCGAGAACCUCAACAUUUUGAAAGCAUCACCAGCUACAGGUCUGAUUACGUCACCCAUCCGCUGCAGCCCAGGACAGGCCGGGAGAAGCCAGUGUACCGAACCAACAAACGUCUGCCAUUAGAGCAUGGAACUCCCUCGGGACCAAACGUGGCUUGGGACAUAAACACAAAGUUUUUGACAAAGCCAGUGAAUUCUUUGAGCAAUUCAAGACCCGGUCCCUUGAAACCAACUUCCACGGCCAAGGCGAAGCCAAAGAAUCCAGUCCACAAGCAGAGCACAGUGAGUUCCUCUCCACAACACAUGCGGACUACAAGGCACACAAGUGCCAGCGCACCAAACCAGUCCUGCCACCUAUGCAUUCCAUUAAGAAAAGCAUGAAGCCCUUUCAGGGAACGACUACCAUGAAGGAGGAUUACAAAGCGUGGGACACACCGCAACGCACCCCCAUAGUCCACAAAGAAGAGCUAGACUGGCCCAUGAAAACCACCUUUUCAGUGUGCAUACCCAAGCCUGCUGAGCACUGCAAAACAAACCCAAAGCCUUUUAAUUACAGCUGCAAUGCCACACAGAAACCCCAACGUCCUGUUGAGAAUGGCACAUUUUCCAGCUUUACAUGCAUCUCCACUGGGACUGAAGAAUCCAGGAGAUACUGGACCACCUCUUUGGACAGAGGAGUGACUUGGCCCGACGGUGACGCACGUAAGGAGCCAUCUGAGAGCCACCAAAUAAUCAGCAGCAUGGUUUCUAGCAGAAACUAAGGUUUGCUGGAGCCCAGGAUGACGAGAUGCGGUGCUGCCACACUUCACGUCGGGCCAUUCCUACCUUUACACCAAUAAAAGCCAUAAAUGGAAGUGAGUUUA